UUAACAAAAAUGGCUGAUGAAGAGGCCGCGCAAAGUUCUACUGGAAUUCUGCAAGAAAUUUAUACGUCCCCGUUGAAUUUGAGUCUGCUGUGCCUUUGUCUGUUCCUGUUGUACAAAAUCAUACGCGGAGAUAAGCCUGCAGAAAUGGGUGUAGUCGAAGAGCCACUGCCGAAACUAAAGAAGAGGGAUUUCACGCUAUCAGAGCUGCAGGAAUACGAUGGUCUGAGGAAUCCAAGAAUUCUCAUGGCUGUCAAUGGGAAAGUGUUUGACGUGACUAGAGGAAAAAAAUUCUACGGUCCAGAGGGUCCCUAUGGGGUGUUCGCUGGCAGAGACGCCUCCAGAGGGCUGGCCACAUUCUGCCUGGAGAAAGAGGCCUUGAAAGAUACCCACGAUGACCUCUCUGACCUCAACGCCAUGCAGCAGGAGAGCCUAAGCGAGUGGGAGACUCAGUUCACCCAGAAGUACGAUUAUGUGGGGAAACUGCUGCGACCCGGGGAGGAGCCCACAGAGUACACGGACGACGAGGAGGUGAAGGACAAAAAGACGGACUAGGGCACACCAGAGCACACACAGCAGAAGAGAGAAAUCUGAAAGCCUUAAUUAUUUGCAGCUAGAUUAAUUCACAUUAUUCUGUGUUGCUGCCAUUGCACAACAUGCUGAAUUCCAUGUUAUUGUAUUACCCUUAUUUUGCCCGUAUUAUCAAUCCCGCUUUCAUUCAACCCUACUUUGCCUUUGAUUUUCUGACCGCUGUCUGAUGGUAGGUUUAGGCUGCGUGGAGUGUAGUCGCAGCAUAUUACAUAUACUGUAGUUUCCUGAACGUGAAUGCUGCACUUAGUUAAUGUGGUGGUAUUCAUAGUCAGUAGGUUAUGCAAUGGUUUGAGAACUGCAUUAUCUUGGUAUGGGAACAUUACGCUUAUGUGUCAAUGUAAUGUUGUGUUUCUGCCCGUUUAUUUUUGGAAGUAGCUGUCCAAGUACUUGGAAUGCAAACCACCCAAUAUUAGAAAAUUAAAUGUAUUAAAAUGGUUUAUAGAAGGUGGUUGAUCAAAAUGAGAGCACCAACUUCAGUAAGUCGGGCUUUAUUAAAACCAUGUAAUUGCCGGAACCUAACAUUCCAUUAAAACUUGUCUCUUUCGUGGUUGGUGAGCUUCUCUGUUCUAGUGCCGAGGUUGCAACCUUCAAAAUUCCACAUUUUUU